UAUAAGCGAUUCCAGGAGGAAAAAAAAGGUUUAGUAUUUUCUGGUGACACGUCCAGGUUAUUAAAAUCAUUUUAGACCAAUUCAUUACUUUUACUGACAAGAGAUUUAAGAAAAAAUCAAUUAAGCAUUUGCAUAUCCUUUUGCAUACAUUACCUCUGCCUGCUGGCGUUAGAAAGGGACAAAAACACACAUAUAGACAUACAUACGCCGCAAAAAAAUGAGAUAAGAGUCUUGCUUUACUUUGGGGUUUUCAGGAUGCUUGGAGAAAAAAUAAAAAUGGAGGGAAUUACUUGAUUGCGUACCAUCUAAUAGUCCAUUUAUUUGAGGAAGAGGAAAGCGAGGUGUUGCGAUUUUUUAAUCUCUAGCACAAUAACAAAACCACAUCAUACACCCACACAAAAUCCUGCACUUCCGAGAGUGGGAAAAGGAAUGACCCUCAUUUUCCUUCUCUUUGCCCUCCAAAUCCUGAGUUGGUUCUCCCAUUUAUUUUUCUCCCUAGGAAAAUCCAGGGAGUCUGAGGGGUGAGAUUUUAAUACAGCACAGAAUGUGUGGAGCCGCCGAGGUCCCCCAGCCGGCAGCUUGUUACUGGGGAGGGGAGGAAUAUGGGUUAUCCAACGGUCAGUAUGGUAAUCUGGGCACAAUAAGGCCUCGCACACAAUGGACACAUAUUUUUCUUCAGCGGUGUCAGAAGGGAAGCGCUUUGUACUGAAACGUGUUUCCGAAAGAGAAACCAGAUCGAGAUUUAGAAAGGAGAUGGGGAGGGUGGCAUUCAGAGAGCGUUUGGAAGCUGGCAAAGGGUGGUCAGAAAAAAUAAAAAAUAAAAUAAAAUUGGGGUAGAGAGAGGUGGAGGGCAAGCGGGGAUGGAGAUCCUUGGGCUGGCAAGACAAGAGCAGCAGGGCAAAGCACAAAAGGAGAGAGGACCAGAAACUAGGACUCAUCACAGGCAAGAGCUGCUUGAGUGCCCCCCCCCCCAUUAAGCCAAUGCUAAGUGCACGAGCUCUCCAGAGGGAUUUUAUUUCUGUGCUUGUAAUAAUAUCCAGGUGAAAUUGUUUGCAUGUAUGUGUGUGGUAGAGCCCAGCUGGCUUGCUAUUUUUCCCUUGUGAUAGGCGACUUCCUUGCUAUUAAGGUAUAGGCACCCCAAAAGGGCUUUUGGACAAAUGAUGUAGAUGAAUGUGGGCCCAUUUGGAGGAAUCUCUCAGAUUUCACUUCCUGGAGGUGCAUGUUAAGUUAGAUGUGCAAACCUGGGAUGAGAACCCCACAUAUUUAUGGCUGCACAAGGAGGCAUUUAAUGUAUUAAUAAGUAUUAACAGUAUGUAUGCAUAUGUAUUUGUUAUGUGUAAUAACCAAAGACAGACUUGACAUUCAGCUAGAGGCCACUGAACUCUCUGUAUCUACUUAAUAUGUAUUGGCCCAAAGUGGGUUUCCUGCUCUGGCUCCCUUGACCCACCUGCAGGAACUUAGAAUCCUGGGGAGUGGUGGCAGAGGAGGGGCGACGCCUUGGGAGGAAUUCCCUAAAAAGCCCAAGAAGGUGAAGAGAUGGAAGAAAAGAGGGUUGGGGGAAGGGCGGGGGGCAGGGCAGGUAGAAGAUGAGUGUGAGGGCUGGGAGCAGAGAAGCCAGGCCGAGACCUCACCUUUCCUGGGAAAGAAAGAGUAUUCUGGGUGAGGAUUGGGUGGGGCAGCCUGAUCCAGGUGCGGGCCUCAAGGGAGGUUGGGGGUGGGGCUGGAAGGCUAUCUUCUUCAGAACCCUCCCCCCAACCCUACCUGCCUUCGGGAGCUUUGGCUUUCCCUGGGGCCAGUCUGGGGCUGCAGUUCAGACUCUGUGUAGAGCAGCAUUCAGCAUUGGUUUCCCUUUGCCCUCUUCCCACUAACUUAUAAUUAACCCACCCCUACCCCCAACAAUUACAACAAAUAAGCCACCCUCCUAGGCUCCAAACCACUAUCAACUGAACCCCAGCCUCUCCUCCCCACAGUUUCACAUUCCUCUUUCAACCAAACUGGCCAGUCCUCACAGGCUGACGGUCCCAGACGGGAAUGGGCAGGGACCCACUGGGAAAUUUGGGACACUUCUCUGAGAGACGGUGCACCCCCAGAGAAUUCCUGUUCCCUCCACCGCCUGGUGGUAGGGGCACAGGGCAUUGUCCUCCUGGGGACAGAGUAUCCAGGGGCCCCCAAGCACUGGCUCCUGGUGAGCCGGGGGUGAGCAGAGACUCAGCAUUGGAGGACAGAGAGUGGCCAGGGGGCCCAGGCGGUUCUCAUUCCUGCCCUCAGGGUGAGCCCUAAAUUUUGACGUGGGGACCCCCUCUCCCGCAUCCCUAAGGUGGUGAAAGACAGGUGGGGAAUCUCCCGCCUUCAGUCUCCCUCUCACGAGGGCUUUUUUUUUUUUUUUCCUUUUCCCCUCCUCAUUCCCUUAAUUGCAGAUGUUCUAAUUAAACCCUCAAAUAGUUGUUAUGCCGUUUUAAAAGGUACUUAUUCAAGUGUCAACCAGGCUGGGCUGGGAGGAGGCAGCGUAGGGCGGCGAAUUAAAGGUAGAUUGACUAAUCACGGCGGCGAUCAUAAUAAUAAAAUCAGAGGGAAAAAAAUCACAUUACGACUUUUCGUGGAAAGGAGGGAGCAGGCAGCCAGCGGCCGCCAGCCCUGCGCCGCCGCCGCCGACACAAAGAGUGCGGGCGAUUCCGCGAGACUGAUUUAUGACGUUUUACAGCCCUAUAAAAGCUGUAGCGACGAGGCAAGCGCUCCUACCACCGCUGGCAGAUUUAGUCUAAUAAAUAAAACAUAAACAGUUAACUUUAUGUGUCACUUUUAUUGUUAUCAAGUAAAAUAUAGCCGAGCCCCGGCAAGCUAUGAUUUUAAACUAUAAUUGUUAUCAAGUACAACAAGGGGACCCAGCUCCCUCCCUGGGUUCUCCCUUCUGCUACCUCCCCCCAACUCUGAGUUAUGGGAUCAGCUAAUUGGAAUUGGUGGCAUGACGUGGCCACCCCUGGCUGGGGGGGGGGUGUCAGAAAAAGCAGCCCUUUCUUGCCCCCUCCCUUCUCCGUGACCCCGACACCCACCAUCAGGGUAUUCCCUGUGGGUGGGUGGCAGAGAGGGGGAGCUGGUAGGAAUGGACCGGAGACCCCCACGGCCUGCCCAGCCUCCCCCACCUUGGUGAGCUCACCCCUCAGGUUUUGGAAAGCAGCCUGGAGCUGGCCCCUGGGAAUGUGUGUUUACAUGUAAACAUAUGUGUUACAUGGAUACGAUCCCUGGCCGGAAGCAGGCUCUACCCGCACAGGCCUCCCUCUUAACUAGGUCGGCCUUCUGUGGAGAUGAAGAAAGAAGAGCUUCCAGGGCCUUGGCUGGGCACCAUCUCCGGGCACUGACUUCUGGAAGAUCUCUCUCCUCCUUGCCCCACGUCCUUAAGGAGCCAGCCUUAGAGCGGGGGCUCAACCCCCAGACCUCCAGAAAUGACGUCAGAAUCAUUUGCAUCCCGCUGCCUCUACCUGCCCGGUCCAGCUGGGACCCUGCCUCGCCGACCCCGUGGCCAUAGGGUUGGGUGAGUGUGUAUGGGGAAGGGGGAUGGACUCUGGUAUCCUUGGAUGGGGGGCAUCCCAGGCUCUUCAGCCUCCUGGGCUCAGCCUGGGCCCCUCCCCAUCCAACCUCCACUCCAGUCCUCCUCAUUCAACUUCCUCUUCCUGCAAAAGAGGGGCGCUGCCCAGUGACCUACACAGACCGACACAGGAUCGCCAUGAAUGGAGACCUCUGGAAAAACUCAGGAGACGAGGCCCAUCGGGCCCACCGGAGGCCCACGGGGAGACUCUGGGAGGGGGCUGAACCACAGCCUCCCGAAAGCCCCCCAAAGCCCAGGCUUUGGAAGGGAGCUGGGGGCUUCCCAUCUCCUUUUGCAGGGGAGGGCUGUCAGUCGGCGGGGUGCGCAGUGGGGGUACCUUGGUCCCCGCCUGCUAGCCCCCCAUCACCACCCCCACCACCCCCAGCACCACCACCACCACCACCACACACAAAAAAAAUUGGAUACAUUUUGAAUAAAGCGAUUCGGUUCCUUAUCCGGGGACUGGGUUGCUCCGUGUGAUUGGCCGGCGGAGUCACAUGGUGAAAGUAACUUUACAGGGUCGCUAGCUAGUAGGAGGGCUUUAUGGAGCAGAAAAACGACAAAGCGAGAAAAAUUAUUUUCCACUCCAGAAAUUAAUGAUCAUGAGCUCGUAUUUGAUGGACUCUAACUACAUCGAUCCGAAAUUUCCUCCAUGCGAAGAAUAUUCGCAAAAUAGCUACAUCCCUGAACACAGUCCGGAAUAUUACGGCCGGACCAGGGAAUCGGGAUUCCAGCAUCACCACCAGGAGCUGUACCCACCACCGCCUCCGCGCCCUAGCUACCCCGAGCGCCAGUAUAGCUGCACCAGUCUCCAGGGGCCGGGCAAUUCGCGAGGCCACGGGCCGGCCCAGGCGGGCCACCACCACCCCGAGAAAUCACAGCCGCUCUGCGAGCCGGCGCCUCUCUCAGGCGCCUCCGCCUCCCCGUCCCCAGCCCCGCCAGCCUGCAGCCAGCCAGCCCCUGACCAUCCCUCCAGCGCCGCCAGCAAGCAACCCAUAGUCUACCCAUGGAUGAAAAAAAUCCACGUUAGCACGGUGAACCCCAAUUAUAACGGAGGGGAACCCAAGCGCUCGAGGACAGCCUACACCCGGCAGCAAGUCCUGGAAUUAGAGAAAGAGUUUCAUUACAAUCGCUACCUGACCCGAAGGAGAAGGAUCGAGAUCGCCCACUCGCUGUGCCUCUCUGAGAGGCAGAUCAAAAUCUGGUUCCAAAACCGUCGCAUGAAAUGGAAGAAGGACCACCGACUCCCCAACACCAAAGUCAGGUCAGCGCCCCCGGCCGGCGCUGCGCCCAGCACCCUCUCGGCAGCCACCCCGGGCACUUCUGAAGACCACUCCCAGAGCGCCACGCCGCCGGAGCAGCAACGGGCAGAGGACAUUACCAGGUUAUAAAACAUAACUCACACCCUGCCCCCACCCCAUGCCCCCAUCCUCCCCUCACACACAAAUUGACUCUUAUUUAUAGAAUUUAAUAUAUAUAUAUAUUUUGGUUCUUUUCUCUCUUCUUUCCACCUUAUACCUUGUCAAUUCCAAACUGACAAAACAGAUAAACAAGCCCUCUGCCCUUCUCUCCCUUCCACUGUUAAGGACCCUUUUAAGCAUGUGAUGUUGUCUUAGCAUGGUACCUGCUGGGGUUUGUUUGUUUGUUUGUUUGUUUUUUUAAGGCCAUUUUGGGGGGGUUAUUUAUUUUUUAAGGAAAAAGCUGCAAAAAUUAUAUAUUGCAAGGUGCGAUGGUCUGGUUUGGGUGAAUUUCAGGGGAAAUGAGGAAAAAAAAAGGAAAGAGAGAUUUUUAAGCCAAUUCUCAUCCUUCUCCUCCUCCUCCUUCCCCCCUCUUUCCUUAGGCCUUUUGCAUUGAAAAUGCACCAGGGGAGGUUAGUGAGGGGGAAGUCAUUUUAAGGAGAACAAAGCUAUGAAGUUCUUUUGUAUUAUUGUUGGGGGGGGGGCCUGGGAGGAGAGGGGGACGACAGCAGACAAAGCUAAAUGCAUUGAAGAGCCUCUCAGAGCUGUGCAGUUUGAGGAGCCAAAAGAAAAUAAAAAUGAACUUUCAGUUCAGAGAGGCAGUCUAUAGGUAGAACCCCCACCCCACCCCACCAUCGUGGUCAUUGUGUUUUUGGACUGAAUUUACUUGAUUAUUGUAAAACUUGCAAUAAAGAAUUUUAGUGUCGAUGUGAAAUGCCCCGUGAUCAAUAAUAAACCAGUGGAUGUGAAUUAGUUUUACGUCAAUGUC